CGUUAGUUGGAUGCAGCUCGACGCACAAAGUGGAUUUUAAAAAGCGCAACUCGCCGCAAACACGUGAAAAAACGUCACUCUGACUCAUUUCAUCGGGACAUAACCAAUAUAUUUUUAUGUUCAAAAUCUUUUUAUUUGGAAUUAUUUAAUCACUUGCAGAUUUCUUCUUGUGCAUCAUCUCCACAGUGUGACAGGGAGCUGCCUCGACACUGGGACAUGAGAGAGAAAUGAAAUCACACGUCUUGUUAAAUGAUGACACACAGAAGUUGCAUGGGGGGGAUCCUGUAGGAGGAGUUUUUUUUUUCUGACCAAACGACUAUCGGAUUUUUCCCUUAUAAAAAAGGAAAUUGAAUCGCGACCGUUCAAUGAGCAACUUCCCACUGAGGUCUCGAUGCACAGCAGGUCCUGGUGCAAGCAGAUGUGUUGUCACUCAUAAUCAAGAUCCCGUAUCCAUCUUUCUUCCAUCUGCAAGUUUUCACUUUAUUGCAUCCUUACAUCAUCUCUGAGUGAGACGUGCUCUCGUGAACUCAAGCUCUUUACUGACAGCGAGCACUCCGCAAACAGCAGGUUUCCUGCUUCCCUGCCAGUCCACCCCGAGGUUCAUGGGUUGAACCAGCAGGAUUUCCACACUCUCCUCUCCUCCGUUCUCUCCUCCUCUUCAUGCUCUUGACAGCCCCUGAAGUGCCCCCCCUCCGUCCUGCAGCCCCGCUCUGUCGGCUCCCAUCGUCAGCACUACCACCAGUGUGAUGGUUUGUUGUGCCUCGGGCUUGUUUGGAGCAUCACCCUCCACGACACAGACUUGCAGACGCAGCAGCCACUAGAGUGAAAGAUACAGAGAGCCAGAGGCGUGGAGGGGGGGAUAGGGAGAGACAGACAGAGCGAGCAGAACCACAGUAGAGAGGAGGGAUCAUCUGUCCCAGCAGCAGAGGGAUCCACCUGUCCCACAGACGAAGGGGGCCCCCCCACCUGAUCCAUCUGGUUGCAGGGGGGGACCCUGCGUGGCCGGGAAGGCAACAGAGACUAUGCAGCUGGGACUGGUGGCGCUGGCAAUGGUGUUCCUCAGCUCCAUGGGUCACAGCGACGCUCUCAAGCUCUCCAAGGCGAGAAGGCAGAGACGGGUUAGCACUGAGGGGCCGCCAUCUUGCCCCAAAGGCUGUGACCGAUGCUCGGAGUACAAUGGCUGCAUCAAGUGUAAGCCCAAGCUCUUCAUCUUCCUGGAGCGCAACGACAUUCGUCAGAUAGGAGUGUGCCUCGCCUCCUGCCCCGUGGGAUACUUCGGGAUGAGGAACCCAGAAGGCAACAACAGAUGCACCCAAUGUAAAAUAGACAACUGUGAAGCGUGUUUCAAUCGAAAUUUUUGCACAAAAUGUAAGGAGGGCUUGUAUUCGCACAGUGGCCGAUGCUACGUCAGCUGCCCUCCAGAUCAGCUCACCGCCAACGAGACCAUGGAGUGUGUCGGUCAGCGUGCUUCAGCGUGCAAACUGGGCGAGUGGAGCCAGUGGGGUUCCUGCAUGAAGAAGAACAAAACAUGUGGAUUUAAGAAAGGCUCGCAGUCUCGGGUCCGCUCGCCGCUUCUGCAGGUCGCCGGCUCGGACACCUUGCCGCCCUCAGAAGCCUGCGCUCCGCAGACAGAAAAAAAGAAGUGCGUUGUGAGCAAGACGCCCUGUGCAAGAGAGGGGAAGAAUAAAGGAGACCAACAAGACGAUACGACUCGCAGAGAGAGGGAGAAUACUCGUGGGCGAGGACGAGAAGGAAAAGAUGGCAGAGGAGGAGGAGGAGGAGGAGGAGGAGGAGGAGGAGGUGGAGGAGGAGGAGGUGGAGGAGGAGGCGGUGGCGGUGGCGGCGGCGGCGGCGGCGGGAAGAGGAGAAAAGGCCAGAGCAGGACAACCACUGCUGCGAGCAUCACAACCAGCUUUGUAUCCUAAUCGUCAGUGCGUGCUCGCUGGGGCGGAGAGAAAAGCAGAGACAGUGCCUCGCCCAGCUGUGACCGCCAUCGACGAAGGGCAAAGUGAAGGAACGGAUUAACGCUGCUACGUGUUGCAGGAGAUGCAAAGAGAACAAGAGGGCUGCUGCAGCGCAAGAGGCUUUGCAGAGCUCUUUGAAUAGAUGAACUUGUCUGGAAGAGACUUGGUGACUUUCUGAGAGGGAUCUCUGUUGAGGGGAGCAAAGCCCCGGUGAAGAGACUGUGGUUCGGCAUCAUGAACAGAACAAUGUCACUGCAGCGUUAGAAGCUGGAAACCUGACAUUGAAUGAAGGGGCCUCCUCAGCUCCCUCAAUUUCUCACAGUCCAAUUUUAAUCGCAACGUGUUCUUGAUUUGUUUUCGUGUUGGUAAGAGGUGGCGGAUGGAUUUUCAUAACAGCCGCUGUUCAAGAUGUUAAGACAGUGAAUAGUUUUAAGUAAAAAAAAAAAAAGGAAAGGCACUGGAAAUUAUUUGUGGUUGGUGAGGACAGGAGGGUCGAGGGAGUCUACUACAAAACAAGCCUAAGAGAGGACGUAGAGGAGGAUCGUUCAAAAGUUGAUGUAUCGGAAAAUAACUUCGCACAAAAAAUGGGGAAUUAAAAAAAACUAAAAUAUUUGCAUGGUACAAGGUUGCAUGAGUGUGCCAUUGUGCAGGCAAGUAAGUGUGUGUGUGUGUGUGUGUGUGUGUGUGUGUGUGUGUGUGUGUGUGUGUGUGUGUGUGUGUGUGUGUGUGUGUGUGUGUGUGUGUGUGUGUGUGUGUGUGUGUGUGUGUCUACCUAAAGUCUGGUCGUUUGAGUACUUUGAAUGCAUUUCUGCACGGAAUCAAGUUUCUUGUCGUUCAUGUGUGUUUACGUCUGUGUGUGAACCUUGUUCUCACAGAUCGAAGCAAUAGGGUGUGCAUAGCGAGAGGGAGACAAUGUAAAUGCACGGCGAUAUAUCGAAUAUGCAGUAACGUACAAGCCACCGAUUGUUUUAUAAGCCAUCAAAUCAUCCGCUGCUCAGUAAUCAUGUAUGUUUGCAACAGGGUCUGAAGAUUUUGCACAACUAUAAGGUUUCCUACUGCUCAAGUUUCAGAACAAUCAAAGCAUUUUUUACACAUUUAUAAUCCAAAAGCUUCAUAAAAUGCAGUUACAGAGAUUUCUUUUCUUUUUAUGUCUAGAAUGUUUUUCCAUGGGUCUGUUUGCUUUCCACUCGAUAGUUUCAGGAGAAGUUACUUGCUACAGUUAUUCAUUCAUACUACGGAUCGUGAUACUGAAUAUGUUCGGACGCAAGAGGUAUUAGUAUCAUCAUGUAUAGCUUAUUCUGUGAAAGCCUAAAUAAAGUUCAGAUGAAGCAGAUGAAACAUUA